CUCUGAAGCGGGGAUGUGCAUGCUAGAACAGGAAAUGAAUGCAGACAGCAGAGGCAGGCAAGCUGCGACCGGCACACACGCAAAGAGCACUCACACUCACACACACAUAUUCUCUCUCACACACACACACUGCCCAGAGCUCUUCCAACCAGAGCUGGAACCUUUCAGCCCCAGGUGAAAAGACAGAAAGCGGAGGAGGGGAGUGGAGGCCGGCCAGAGGAAGAAGAAGGAGAGGGCAGGGGGGGAUCAGUGAGAAGAAAAGAGUGAUAGACAGACUAGAGCAACCUGUUAGUGAGAUUUGGGGCUCUGCUGAAGAAACCGUGGGAGCUGGGAACACAGGCUAUAGGAUGGUUCUGCUGUCCUCUUGCUCCAGGAGGGCUGCAGUGGAACCUUGACCGUCCUUGGGGAAAGGGGGGUGGUGGGUGGCCACAACGGUCACGGCCACCACGCUGCCACAAUGUCCUCCUUGGUGUGCAACAUGGGGCUGGUGCUGGUAGAGUUUGAGUAUGAGUACAUGGGCCGCGAUGGGGGCCUGGUGUCCAUCAAGCCCAACGAACGCUACAUCCUGCUGGCCAAGACCAAUGACCACUGGUGGCACGUGAGGAAGAACGAGCAAGCAAGGCCCUUCUAUAUACCUGCUAAAUACGUCAAGGAGCUCCCCGCAGAGUUCCCAUCCCCGCUGGACUUUGCUGACCCACCCAGUCCUGAUUUGGUCCCGGUUCAUGCGCCGGUGCCAGUGCCAGUCCCAAAGCACUCCGUACCAGACCGGGCAGAAACGAGGGUGGGAGAUGAGGUGACUAUCCGCCUCCGCUCCCCGAAGAGACAUCAGAAGACUGAGCACCGCAUGUCCACAUUUGGCGUACCCUUAGAAUUCCACGACCCGUCUCCUGGGGCAUUGAAGCGCGGCGGGCUGAACGACUCGCUGCCGGGCCUUCACUCCUACGUUGCCCUUGAGGUUCCAUUAACAGUGCCCUCGCCUCAAGCCAACAAUAGUGCCAAACACAAGAAGCAAUUAAGCCUGAGUUCCAGUGUGCUCUUCGGCUCCUCCCUGUCGGUGGAGGAGCCUCUAUCCCUGAACCCCCGAGCCCCCAGCUUCAGCCCAGCUGACCCCCUCCACCGGCCCUCCCAGGCCAUCCCAGUGGAGACGUCCAUCAUUCCUGAUGCCGAGGUCACCGGUGGCAGGAUUCCCCAUCAGGAACCUCUGAAAGAGCCGGAAUGUCCUCUGGAGCUGGAGGAGGGAGAAAAGGAGAAAUCUAGUGUGGAGCCUGAGGACGAAUCGAAGGAGGACACUGAGAAUAUUUAUGAAUCCAUAUUGGACCUGAAGCUGGAUGAGUACCCUAUAAUAGUGGAGAAGACCCCGACUGUGAGUCCUGCUGCUGUGGCUGAACCUACACCUGUUAUUGCUCCCACUUCUCCAUCUCCAACACAGACACAGGUGGAAAAUGCCAGCCCCAACACUGCUGUUUACGCCAACGUCACCGAGCUGAAGAAAAACAUCCCACAAUCCCCUCCGUUAGUAGCUCUGAGUCCUGACUUGCCUCUUACCCAGGAGGGAUGGCAGGUGCACACUGACAAGGACAGCGGGAAAGAGUUCUAUUACCGCCCAGCCACGGGCCAAACCACUUGGGCCGACCCCCGCAGCACCCUCCCCUCCACAGACAUGGAGCUGCCCAAGGAGGCGUUGGCUGUCCCGGCCCUGUCCAUGGCCCUUUCCCCGGCCCUGUCCCCGGCCCUGUCCCCAGCUCUUUCCCCGGGCCUGUCCCCAGCCUCAUCCCAGGGUUCCAACUGGGAACAGGUGUUGGAUGAGACCACAGGUCGAAACUACUUCUAUAACCCCACCUCUGGGGCCACGUCCUGGGGAGCUCCGGAGCCCAUCGCCCCCUCCUCUCCUGUUACUGAGCCUCCUGUGCUGAAGCUCCCAGACAGAGGACCGGUAGGGCCCCCUCUCCCAAAGGAAGACUACCUGACAGAAGACCAUGAGGCUCCAGACACUUCCUCCUCGGUGUUCCCCAAAGACCUCCUGCCAAUGCCACAGGCUAAACAGGCCGUCAUACCUCGGGCCACUCUAGACAGUGUCCCGGUGGGCUGGAAGCGCUCCAUGGAUGCAGAUGGGAAGACCGUUUUCACCAGCGAACGCACACAGGAGCAGUGGCUCAAGUCUGUGGAUCAAGAAGGAAAGACGUACUACUACCUGAGAGACGGCUCCAGAUCCCAGUGGAACCUUCCAGCAGAGCUCCCAGUUGCAUCCAGUCUGCCUAAGGUGAGGAAUGGAGUGGACCAGGACAGUCCGCCGGUUCUGAAGAACUGGAGACACACCAUCGGCCCAGCUCAGUUUGGCCCCUCCCAAGAAGACAACAGGUUCUUUCCAACACAUAGGAGAAACGUUUCGGACAUCACCAGUGAAGCAUCCAGCUCAGGCAACUCCCCCGAGACGCCACACCAUACUGAUAGGUUGGGAGUACGGAGUAGACUGUCACAUCUGAGCACAGACUCACAUCAUGAGCACACACAUCUACUGGAGAAGGCAGGGAUCCUGAACAAAACCAAGGUGGCCGACAAUGGGAAAAGAAUUAGGAAGAAUUGGAGUCCGUCAUGGACAGUGCUGCAUGGAGGCAUUCUCACGUUUCACAAAGACCCAAAAUAUGCAUCCUCAGGAAACUCUAACAAGACCAAUCAGAUCACCCCAGAGUACACAGUGGAGCUGCGGGGAGCCACUGUGGGCUGGGCCCCCAAGGACAAGUCCAGCAAGAAGAACGUUCUGGAGUUGAAAACGCGUCAUGGGUGUGAGUACCUGAUCCAGUACGACACAGAGAGCAUCAUUUGUGACUGGCACAGGAUCAUACUGGACACCGUCAGACAGCUGGACCAAGAUCACUUGUCGGAAGAGGAAGAGGAGGAGCCUAUGGAGAAAUCUCCACUUGCUUCAGACAGAGACAAGAGGACCAGCUCAGCCACUAAAAUUACGCCAGGCAUCAGUGCCGAGUCAUCAGAUCAGGGGCGUGUCCGCACCAAACUACGCAAGUUCCUCCAGAAGAGGCCCACACUGCAGUCAGUGAAGGAGAAGGGCUACAUAAGAGAUAAUGUGUUUGGUUGUCAUCUGGACACGCUGUGCCAUCGAGAGAACAGCACUGUGCCCAGGUUUGUGGAGAAGUGCAUCAGGGCAGUGGAGAUUAGAGGUCUGGACAUUGAUGGGAUCUACAGAGUUAGUGGGAAUCUAGCUGUCAUUCAGAGACUACGCCACAAAGCAGAUCAUGAGGAAAAUCUGGACCUAGAGGAUGGUCAGUGGGAGGAGAUACAUGUGAUCACAGGGGCGCUGAAGCUCUUCCUGAGGGAGCUGCCUGAACCUCUCUUCCCUUUCAGCUUCUUCGACAAGUUUAUCGCUGCCAUCAAAAUCCAGGACUAUCCUCAGAAGGUGUCGUACUUCCGUGACCUGGUGAGGUCCCUUCCCCUGCCCAACCACGAUACCAUGCACCUCCUUUUCAAACAUCUCCUCAAAGUGAUUGAGUUUGGGGAAAAGAACCGUAUGUCAGUCCAGAGUGUGGCCAUCGUGUUUGGCCCUACGUUACUCAGGCCCCAGACUGAGUCGGCCAACAUAACCGUUUACAUGGUCUUCCAGAACCAGAUUGUGGAGCUCAUCCUCAAAGAGUUUGAGACAGUGUUUGCCCCCAGCUGAGACAUGUUCUAUGGCAUCCAUGAGUCAAGAGGGAUGGAGACAAUGGGGGUUGUCAAGUCCUUGGAAAAGACUGAUGGUUACAUGGGUUGUUAGAUUUGGUAAAGGGAGUUUUUUUUUCUGUCAGUGAACUAGCCUUUAACUGUGGUAGUUCCAAGUCUUCAACCUUCAUCCCAAGUUUCAAACUCGUGCUGUCCACGCAUCCAUUCAUCCAUCUGUUUUGGUACUUCCACUCAAAAGAACAUUGACAAAAAGGAAGUUGAGGGAAAAAGGGAAAAUGGAUGAACAUGUUGACAUACCAAAGUUUACCAUGGAUCCGAUGACAAUACCUGGCAUUAGGCAUCAUGUUUAGUUUUACGAAGAAAAUAUAUAUUACAUGUAGGUGUACAUGUAUUUGGGGGAAUAUUCUCAUGUUGUAUCCAUGGUUUGGAGUGACAUAUCUGAGACAGAUUGGUCUUUUUAGUGGAUGACCUCUUAACUAUAUGUUAAAGUCUAUGAAAAAUAUUAAAUAUUGUAUACCUUCCCAAAUGUUACCUUAUCAACAAUACAACUAUGAGAUCGUCCUUAUCAAACCAAUUAAAAUGGUUGUUGUUGCUUUCCUUUUGGUGAGCCAUUCAGAUUUCAUACCUCGGCCUUGACUGUACAGUUAUUUGAUUACUUCCUAAUUUAGAAAAAGGCUGUGGAUUUAUCAAGGAAUACUACUUGCGACUAUAUUGUGGUUCAUUAUGCAUAACGUGGCUGUACGUUAUGGGCAGUACAUAUGAAAAUAUAUUAUGAUAGAGCAUAACUGUACAUUAUGGUUGUUUUAUAGUAUUAAUGUUAUUACAGAACAAGGAUAAGAACAAUAUAUCAAGAUAUUUUGAACAACUUUUUUCUCUGUACAUAAGAGUUCACCUUAUAAAUGAAUGUUCUUCUAAUAAAAUAAUGUAAUUUCUGUCAA